CAGAGCCUGAGGGAAGCAGCUGCCAUCUUCCCCAGGAGCAGAGCGGUCCCUUUGUCCCCUCUUAAGGGGAAGGAGUUCCCGGCCGAGCCAGGAGGUGGAAGCACCCAGCCUUCUGGCAGAGGAAACCCGCUCCCAGCGCAGGCGCUGAGGUGGGAGAGGCACCAGGGAGGCCGAAAUGGAGCUGUCCUAGGAUGCGGCUGGGCAGACAGGACUCAACCCAGGAUGGGAGCCGGACAGGGCGGCUCUGGGGCUUGUUGUGUGGGAAGCACAGGACCCAGGAGCACAGCCCUGAUUCCCAGCAGGAGGCAUCGCCGUUCCCGGUGACUAAGUACAUUCCAGCCUCCCGAAGGCAGGAGGUGGAGGAACCCUGUCCAAGCACCAGCAGCUCGGCCCACUCCCCACGAGACAGCAGCAGCACCUGGGAAUCAGGAAGCAGUGAGGCCGAGGUGCGCUGCUGCUUUGUUUCAGCACCAUGACAGCUGCCCUGGAGCCAGAGCUAGAGACCCACCUCCUUCGAGCUGCUCCGCAUCCUGUCUUCACCCUGGGUACAGAGAAGGACACCACCCACCUCCAGGAUCUGCAUAGGGUCUUGCCAAACCUCAUGGAUGCCAUGCUGGGGAACCUGCUGGUAGAGUCCCCAGACAGCGACAGGCUCCACGACAUCUUGAAGCCCAUGAACUACUGGAUCAUGUCCAGGGUGUCGCAGGAGAGAGCCAGGGCUAUUAGGAGCAGCACGGCCCUCCUCAGAUUCACCAUCACCCUCCCUGAGUUAGAUGCACACAGCGAGGACUCUGCCCACUGUGCAGCCACCAAUGGGAUUGGAAGGACACAAGCACUGCAGCCAGAAUGACAGAUGUGGGUGUGUGUCUCUUUCCCGGGGCUGACCAUCCAUGAGGCCGAAGACCUAUCGUGCUCGGACUGGCACCAGGACAGCAGGCUUCUGGGCUACAGGAACACAGCCAGGGUCAGGGAGCCAGUUGAUCACCCAGUGUCAUCACCCUGCCUGCUGGCUGGGCAGGGUAACUCCUCAGGUCACCACAGUUUCCAGGCUGCCUUGGGCUUGGAGAAUGAGGAGGAGGGCGAGCGACAGGUGGCGACCCUGAACAUCCGCCCUUCAUCGCUCCAUCACCUAGAGCAAGAUGGCCAGACUCCUGAGGAUGUUGAGGAAGAAGGCUCUGCAGGUGGCCCCAGAGCCUGAGGGAAGCAGCUGCCAUCUUCCCCAGGAGCAGAGCGGUCCUUUCGUCCCCUCUGAUGGGGAAGGAGCUCCUGGCCGAGCCAGGAGGUGGAAGCGCCCAUCCUUCUGGCAGAGGAAAUGCGCUCCCGGCACAAGUGCCGAGAUGGGAGGGGCAGAGGCCAGGCGGAAAUGGAGGUGUCCCAGGAUGCGGUUGGGCAGGCAAGACUCAGACAAGGAGGGGAGCUGGGCAGGAUGGCUCUGGGGCUUGUUGUGUGGGAAGCACGGACCCCAGAAUCCCAGCCCUGAUUCCCAGCAGGAGGCAUCGCCCUGCCCAGUCACUGAGGACCUUCCAGCCUCCCGAAGGCAGGAGGUGGAGGAACCCUCUCCAAGCACCAGCAGCUCGUCCCGCUCCCCAUGGGACAGCAGCAGCGCCGGGGACUGAGGCAGCAGCCAGGCCGAGGUGUCCCGCUGCUUUGUUCCAGGGACCACCAGGGACUCAGAGGACAAGGAGGAGGUAGCCGUGGACAUGGCUACGAGGAGGCUGCUCUCAGGAACAUCCGAGAGCAGUUCCAAGGCCGAGAAAAGGACGAGGCCCAACAGCUCAUGUUCCUGGAUGCCAUCCACCCCGCGUGAUUCGCUACCCGGAAGAGAGCACAGGACACAUUGGAGUCGCACUGCUGCAAGGCGGCUGUGGUGGAGAGGAUUGUGCACCAUGACAGCUGCCCUGGAGCCAGAGCUAGAGACCCACCUCCUUCGAGCUGCUCCGCAUGCUGGCUUCAUCCUCGGUACAGAGAAGGACAUCACCCAUCUCCAGGAUCUGCAUAGGGUCUUGCCAAACCUCAUGGAUGCCAUGCUGGGGAACCUGCUGGUAGAGUCCCCAGACACCGACAGGCUCCACGACAUCUUGGAGCCCAUGAACUACUGGAUCAUGUCCAGGGUGUCGCAGGAGAGAGCCAGGGCUAUUAGGAGCAGCACGGCCCUCCUCAGAUUCACCAUCACCCUCCCUGAGUUAGAUAAAGCAGCAGAAUUCCCCAGGAUGAGUCACCAUGUGGCAGAGCUGGCUCUGUUCAUCAGUGACCCAGCCAAGGACAUGAGCCGGCAGGCCAGGAGGGAGUUUACCGGCUCUACCAGCUGCUGCUGCACCAGAGGGGCACACAGCGAGGACUCUGCCCACUGUGCAGCCACCAAUGGGAUUGGAAGGACACAAGCACUGCAGCCAGAAUGACAGAUGUGGGUGUGUGUCUCUUUCCCGGGGCUGACCAUCCAUGAGGCUGAAGACCUGUGGUGCUGGGACUGGCACCAGGACAGCAGGCUUCUGGUCUACAGGAACACAGCCAGGGUCGGGGAGGGCGACUUUACAUGACGCUUCAUGCAGCAGGCAUUCUUUUCGCCCUGUGUCGUCCGGGCUUUUCUGUUGCUGGAUUCGGGAGGAGGAUUGGUGAGAAUCUACUCUGCUGCCUGCAGAACGCUGCAUUGUAACCAAAAGUAUAUUAUUUCGGGUCCUGAUUUUGUUCUGCUCCCGGAAGUUGAUGUUUGGAAGUUUUUGAUGGAGCAUGAAACAAAGUGAGAGUCAGUACUGGUAAAAAUCCCCAAAAGACGACUUGAGCCUACCCUGCAUCAGCCAGAUCCAGCCUCUUAAUUUCUUUGGUAUUGAUUAAAAGUAAAAUCAAUGUUACUCACACACCUGCAUAGGGUGUGCGUGUGUGAAUCCUCCAAGGGCAGAAAUGAGAUGGAGCGUACUUGAGACUUUAUGAGUGAUAUCGACCCAUUCCACAAAGUUGGAAAUCAUGGCCUUGUGGCCAGACAGAAAGCAAAGUGGGUUAUUCUUUCUUCCUCCCCCCAUGGCAAUAUAAUGAAAAUAUCCUCUAUUUCAUUCCAUUGGAAGACACUUCCAGACCUGCUGUAUCAAGCCUGCUGCCUGGGACUGCGGGUGCUAUAAGUGGCCAGCAGUAGGCUAGAAUGAGGAGAACCAUGCAGUAGCUUUUGGAGAUAGGGGCAGUGAGGAACAAGGAGCACCUUGCUUUCAAAAGAGCCAAGGAGGAAAAGGAUCAUGAGAACAGCCCACGAGGUUAACAAAUGGCGGGGAGAGCCUCUUCCCUCCAUAGGACAUUCCAUUGUCCCUCUGUGGGCAGUCUAUGUUUCUAUUGGCUCUUUCCCGUUAUGCAUUCAUGAUAUAAAGUCACUGGGUGACCUAGGAGUUAACUCAUUUCCCACUUACGGCAUCAGUCUUCUCCCCUAUCAAAUCUACCCUGGGGAAGAAGACCAGGAGCCCUGACAAUCACCUUCACCUGUGGGUGUCUGGCCCUGGAAGCCUAACCCAAGUGGACUAUCUGCCCCGUCACCUGAACGACCAUGUUGUUCCCUCCUAGGGUCUUGUCGUAAGUGCUCAGCCUGUCCCCUACCCGGCUUGUCCCUAAUCCUUACAAGGACUAUCCAAGCCCCUCCCAUGCCUGCGCCCCUUGGGGUCUCUCUCCUGGCUGAGAACAGGCUGCCCUUAUAUCUCUCAGGAGGCCUGGGUCCGAGUCAUAUACUGCUUCUUGUCACGUGACCCCCACACUUAUUCCCUUCACCCUAGGGAGCUGCAUAACCUGGGCUAGGUGCAGUUGAGCUCCAACCCCUUUUCUGGCCAUGUCACCCUGGGACAGCUUGAAAGCAGAAACCUGUGGGCUAACAGCAACUUCUUCCUC